AUGGAGCCCGUUGACGCCGAACGCGCGCGACAGCUGUCGCUCUUUCGGCCCUUAGGCUAUCAACGAAACUCUUGUGGCUACUGUAAAUCAAGUGAUGGAAGCGCAUCAUAUUACACCAGCUCUGUAGCCGUGCGGCCUGAGCACUAUGGGGAACUUAUUGAUCGAGGAUGGAGACGAUCGGGAACCCUUUACUACAAACAGAACCUCCAGCGAUCCUGUUGUCCUCACUACACCUUGAGACUGGAAGCAUCUGAUUUCCGCCCCCGCCGUGAUCAGCGCAAGGCGAUCAACCGUUGGAACAAAUUCAUCUUGGGGCCAGAGUAUAUGCGCAAGAUCGCCAAUCUGUGCCCCCGUUCUCGAGAGGAGAAGAAACAUCGCAAGUGUAACUUUGAUUUGCUCUCCGCGGUCCACGAGGCCGAAUACAGCAACUUAAAGCGGCCCAUUGACCCUGCCACAAAACGGGCGCUAGAGCCCGCCCAUCGUUUUGAGGUCAACAUCGAGGGCGACUCGGUUUCUCAGGCAAAAUUCGAUCUGUUCCUCAAGUACCAGACGACGGUCCAUCGUGAAGAUGUCUCUCGCUGGAAAACGAAAGAUUUCAAGAACUUCCUGUGUGCGGGAAUCAAACGAUCGCCUGCUACCGUCACCAAAAGUAAUGAAUCGGAAAAGAAACUCGGCUCGUGGCAUCAGUGUUAUCGCUUGGAUGGAAAGUUGAUUGCCGUUGCGGUGCUGGACCUUGUUCCGAGCGGCGUGAGCUCAGUCUAUGUCUUCUAUGACCCCGAAUACGAGCAGUGGGAAUUUGGAAAACUGAGCGCUCUGCGGGAAAUCGCCUUUUCAAUCGAGCAUAACUACCCCUACUAUUACAUGGGGUACUAUAUCCACACUUGCCAGAAGAUGCGAUACAAGGGAAAUUAUCGCCCACAGUAUAUUCUUGAUCCGGAGUCCUACGCUUGGGAUCCAUUGGACGGUGAACUGACCGAAAAGCUGGACAAGCGUCCUUAUGUUUCUCUUUCGCGAGACCGGUCCACCGAUACCAUCGACGACGCAAAGUCUACCCCUUCGACGGAUCCCGACGUCAGCGAAGAAGACCUUUCCCUUUUCGCUCUAAAUAUGCCAGGCGUCCUCACUCUGGCCGAAACAAAAGCGCUGAAGCUGGAAAACUGGUAUCUCCUAUACCAUGGGACAUUUGUGCAGAUGAGUGACCUUGUCGGCUGGGAGGACAUGCCCAUGGAUAGCCCCCAAUCGCUGAGGGGGAUCAUCUCCGAAUUGGCAGCGGCUCUGGGCCCGUCCAUCGUAAAAAACAGCGCAGUGGUGCUAUUCGACUAA